GCAGAUUCGCUGGGGCGACCGCGCUGUGCCUCGCGGGCGCCUGGGCCUGGUCCGGAAAGGCCGCGUCGUGGCCAAGCGCCGACAGCCUGCGGCCGGGCGGCAGCGGUGGUCCCACGAGUGGGACAUCGCGCUGGUCCAGGCCGCAGCCUACCGCAGCCUGGCGCGGGCAGGGCGCCCGCGCAAGGGCAAGGUGGCGAUGGGCAAGACGCGGCGCAGUCUGGAGCUCGCCUCCGCGGUGGCCCGCGUCACCGAGCGCGCUCUCGACUCGCGGCUGCGCAC